AUGGAAGACGCGGACGCUAUCGAACCGAAUGCUCUGCCCCCAUUUCUUGAAGCCAUCACCUCUCUGGGGGAUGGCCAUAUUAUUAUCCUCACAACCCGCCAUUUUCAGCAACUCAGCGAUGCGCUCAAGGAUCCCGGCCUCGUCAACCAGGCAAUCGAAUUCCAGCUCGCAGACAAGAAUCGCAUUGCUUUGCUGUUCCGGAUCACAUUUCCUGAUUCCGAAGAGGAGGAUCGAGAAGCUUUCACCAAUAAGAUGCCGGAACUGUACCUCAGCCUCGCAGAAAUCCAAGUGCACCUGAUCAACAGUCGAUCUCCCAAGGCUUCGAUUCGAGAUGCGGAGCAGUGGUUAGCCAGCGUCAAGGACGAGCGGGAGAGCUUGAGGCGCGGCUCCGGGCAUACCUGGGUUUGA